UCGUUCGGAAGUUUUCGAUUGACAUCCCACUUAACCUCACCUCGAACAACUUAUUCUCGCCUUGUGUGCCCAUGAUAUCGUCGUCCACCCUCGCUUUCCCCACGCUUCGCAUCCGGAGCCCCUCCCUCCCGUCUUCGUCGUCGUCGUCCUCAUCUUCCCGUCCUAGCCGUCGCCUACUCUGGCCCCGCUGCGCAACGACUGCGGUGCCACCGCCGGCAGCUGCAGCGACGCUCUACGACGUCCUCGGGAUCCCUGCCAGCGCCACGGUCGAGGAGAUCAAGGCGGCGUACCGGCGGCUUGCGCGGGUGUGCCAUCCAGACGUGGCCGCGGCUAGCAGGGCCGCGCCCGCGGACGAGUUCAUUCGGGUCCAUGCCGCCUACGCCACGCUCACCGACCCGGAGAAGCGCGCAGAGUACGACCGCAGGGUAAUGGCAGCGGCCGCGCCGUCGAUGGCGUCCGCGACCGUGGGGCGGCGGCCCGCGGGGCCGUUCUACUCCUCAAGUCCACGUCGGAUGUGGGAGACAGACCAGUGCUGGUAGCUUGGCAGAAGCGGAUUGGAUAGAAUAAGUACGAGAUAUCCGAUCUCCAUAGUGGGAUAAUAUGAUUUAUGCUGAUUUUUUUUCCUCUUUGAAAAAUGUAAAUAUUUAGAAUUUUUAAUAUAUAUUAGAUACGAUACGUAUCUUAAAUCUAGUCUUAA